UAUCUCCGCCAUGUACCACGUAUUAGGUCUCUGUAAUCAACAAAAUCACGGCACCUGCAGCCGCUGGGAUCAAUUGUUUGAUGCAGUGCCGCGAAAACCACGGCCCAAUUAGCAGCUUCGAGGACCCAAAGACACCCGCCAUGCAUCUGCCAGAACGCAGCCGUUUCGUGAUAUACGCCGUGGGCAUCUUUGUCUGCUACUUUCUGUAUGGAAUCGUGCAGGAGAAGCUAACGAGAGGCCGCUAUGGUGACCAAGUGCAAACGGACGGAUCCGUGGGCGAGCGUUUCACCUACGCGCUGGCCCUGGUUUGGGUGCAGUGCCUCUGCAACUAUGUGUUUGCAAAAUUACUUUUGACGGUGAGACCCCAAAAGGAAGACACAACACAUUCCGGUUCCUACGUGGCCUGUUCGCUUACUUACCUUCUGGCCAUGGUCUCCACUAACAUGGCCAUGCGCUGGGUUCCGUAUCCCACCGCUGUAGUCGGAAAAUCCGCGAAACCGAUUCCCGUAAUGAUUCUCGGUGUGCUGAUUGGUAGAAAAUCGUACAGUUUUACCCGGUAUGCCUGUGUGUUAACAAUCGUCGUGGGAGUUAUCCUUUUUAUGUACAAGGAGGGUAAAGUGUCUAAUCUUCCGGCGGAGACGACCCUACUGGGCGAGGUCUUACUUUUCCUAAGCCUGUCCAUGGACGGCUUGACGGGUGCAGUGCAGGAACGUAUCCGAGCAGCUAGUUCGCCCUCGGGUCAGCAAAUGAUGAGGGCCAUGAACUUCUGGAGCACCCUGAUGCUGGGUUUUGCUAUGCUUUUUACAGGUGAGGCCAAGGAGUUUUUGUACUUCACACUGCGUCAUCCCGAAGCCUGGACCCAUCUUUCGCUGAUUGCCGUGUGUGGCGUACUCGGCCAGUUCUUCAUUUUCUUAAUGGUGGCGAGCUUCGGGCCACUGGCCUGUUCCGUAGUUACCACCACUCGAAAAUUUUUCACUGUCCUCUGCUCCGUGUUGCUCUUCGGUAACGUCCUCAUCGCCCGCCAAUGGUUUGGAGCAGUUCUUGUGUUUUCGGCCCUCUUUAUUGACAUGAUAUACGGCAAGAAGUCAGCACCGUCAUCUGCGGCCAAGAAGCUACCCGUUGAAGGCAAGCUGAUCGACGAAAAGAAAAAGUACAUAGCCGAAUUUAAAUAAACAUAUAAGCUUUAUAUGUUGUAUGUGGCUCAUGCGGCUGCUGGGCCACGUCUUAACCUUCCUGGAAUUGCAAUCGUACAAAAGGUUUAGCUUUAGCCAACUCAGCAUUCUUCACCCACAAUCAGCAAAGCGUCGAUUUAAGUUAAUAAAUUAUUGGUUCUAAAAUAGCAAAACAACUAUGUUGUUCAGUAAAAUGAUUUCAAUGCGGUUUUUUAA